AUGGGUCUCCUCCUGCUCCUCUGGGCGUGUGCGGCCGCCGCCGGGGCAGCUGUAGGAUUUGGAAUGGAUCCUGACUUACAAAUUGAUAUCAUCACAGAACUGGAUCUUGUGAAUACAACCGUUGGGGUAAUGCAAGUGUCAGGACUACACAAUGCCAGUAAAGCAUUUUUAUUCCAAGAUAUAGAAAGAGAAAUCCAUGCAGCGCCCCAUGUGAGUGAGAAGUUAAUUCAGCUCUUCCGGAAUAAAAGUGAGUUCACGUUUCUGGCCACCCUGCAACAGAAGGCGUCGACUUCUGGAGUUAUACUGUCCAUCCGGGAGUUAGAGCACAGCUAUUUUGAACUGGAGAGCAGUGGCCUACGGGAUGAGAUUAGAUAUCACUACAGGUUUAACGGGAAGUCAAGAACAGAGGUGUUCCCGUACCGUCUGGCAGAUGGACAGUGGCAUAAGAUUGCCGUGUCACUUAGUGCAUCCCACCUUCUGCUCCAUGUAGACUGCAACAGGAUUUAUGAACGCGUCAUUGAUCCCCCAGAAACAAAUUUGACACCUGAAAGCAAUUUGUGGCUCGGACAGAGAAACAGAAAACAUGGUUUUUUUAAGGGUGUUAUUCAAGAUGUGAAAGUCAUCUUUAUACCUAAUGGAUAUAUAACACAGUGUCCUAAUCUGAAUCGCACAUGCCCGACCUGCAGUGAUUUCUUAAGUCUGGUGCAAGGAAUCAUGGAUUUGCAAGAACUCCUGGCAAAAAUGACUGCAAAAUUAAAUUAUGCAGAAACAAGGCUGAGUCAACUGGAAGACUGUCAUUGUGAGAAGACUUGUCAAGUAAAUGGAUUGCUCUAUAGAGACAAAGACUCGUGGGUUGAAGAUGAUCACUGCAGGAAUUGCACUUGCAAAAGUGGAGUUGUGGAGUGCCGAAGGAUGUCCUGUCCCCCUCUCGAUUGUCCUCCUGAUGCUCUCCCAGUGCAUGUGGAAAGCCAGUGCUGCAAAAUAUGCAAGGCAAAGUGUAUCUAUGGAGGCAAAGUGCUAGCAGAAGGUCAACGAGUAUUAACCAAGAGCUGCAGGGAAUGUCGGAAUGGAGUUUUAGUAAAAGUGACAGAGACUUGUCCGCCAUUGAACUGCUCAGAAAAAGAUCACGUUCUUCCAGAGAACCAAUGUUGCAGUGUUUGUAGAGGCCAUAACUUCUGUGCAGAGGGACAUAGAUGUGGUGAAAAUUCGGAGUGCAAAAACUGGAACACAAAAGCUACUUGUGAAUGCAAGAAUGGUUAUCUCUCUGUCCAAGGGGACUCUGCAUAUUGUGAAGAUAUUGAUGAGUGUGCUGCCAAGAUGCAUUAUUGUCAUGCCAAUACUGUGUGUGUUAACUUGCCUGGAUCCUAUCGCUGUGACUGCGUCAUGGGAUAUGUCCGUGUGGAUGAUUUCUCCUGUACAGAGCAUGAUGAGUGUGGCAGCGAACAGCAUAACUGUGAUGAGAAUGCAAUCUGUACUAACACUGUCAGGGGACAUAGCUGCACCUGCAAACCCGGCUACGUGGGGAAUGGGACCAUCUGCCGAGCAUUCUGUGAAGAGGGGUGCAGAUAUGGUGGAACUUGUGUAGCCCCUAACAAAUGUGUCUGCCCUUCUGGAUUCACAGGAAGUCAUUGUGAGAAAGAUAUUGAUGAGUGUGCAGAGGGGAUCAUUGAGUGUCACAACCAUUCACGCUGUGUUAACCUCCCAGGGUGGUACCACUGUGAGUGCAGAAGCGGUUUCCAUGACAAUGGAAGCUAUUCUCUUUCCGGGGAGUCCUGUGUUGAUAUCGAUGAGUGUGCCUUAAAGACCCACACCUGUUGGAACGAUUCAGCCUGUGUGAACCUGGCAGGAGGGUUUGAUUGUCUUUGUCCGUCUGGACCAUCUUGCACUGGAGACUGUCCCCACGAAGGCGGCUUCAAGCGGAACGGGCAGGUGUGGACCCUGAGGGAGGACAGAUGCUCCGUUUGUUCCUGCAAGGACGGGAGGAUUUUCUGCCGGAGGACAGCCUGCGACUGCGAGAACCCCAGUGCUGAUCUCUUCUGCUGCCCGGAGUGCGACACCCGUGUCACCAGCCAGUGCCUCGACCAAACUGGGCACAAGCUCUACCGCAGUGGCGACAACUGGACCUACAGCUGUCAGCAGUGCCGUUGCCUGGAAGGAGAGGUGGAUUGUUGGCCUCUUCUGUGCCCAAAUCUAAACUGCGAGUACACAGCCAUCUCAGAAGGAGAGUGCUGUCCCCACUGUGUCAGUGACCCCUGUCUGGCUGACAACAUCACCUACGACAUCAGGAAAACCUGCCUAGAUGGUUAUGGAAUUACAAGACUUAGUGGCGCUGUAUGGACAAUGGUGGGAUCUCCUUGUACAACCUGCAAAUGCAAGAAUGGGAACGUCUGCUGCUCGGUGGAUUUAGAGUGUCUCAACAAUAACUGA